AUGGCCACCUACAAAGUCAGGGUGGCCACGGGCAGUGACCUCAUGUCGGGGACACUGGACUCCAUCGCGCUGAUCAUUGUGGGGACCGAGGGAGAGAGUCACAAGCAACGCCUGAACCAUUUCGGAAGAGACUUUGCAACUGGGGCGGUGGACAAGUACACUGUGCACUGCCAGCAGGACCUGGGCGAGCUCAUCCUCAUCCGCCUGUUCAAGGAGCGCUCCUUCUUCCCCAAGAACUCCUGGUAUUGCAACUACGUGCAGAUCUGCGCCCCCAACGGCCGCAUCUUUCACUUCCCUGCCUACCAGUGGAUGGAUGGCUACGAGACCUUGGCGCUCCGGGAGGCCACAGGAAAGACCGCCGCGGAGGACACGCUGCCCAUUCUCCUCGCCCACCGAAAGGAGGAGAUCAGGGCCAAGCAGGAGCUCUACCACUGGAGGGUCUUCGUUGCCGGCCUGCCCAACUAUGUACACAUCCCCAGUUACCGCCCUCCCGUGCGGCGGCUCCGCAACCCCAACCGGCCCGAGUGGAACGGCUACAUUCCGGGAUUUCCCAUCCUCAUCAACAUUAAGGCCACCAAGUUCCUCAACUCCAAUCUGCGCUUCUCCGUCAUCAAGACGGCCUCCUUCUUCAUGCGCCUGGGGCCCCAGGCUCUUUCAUUCAAGGUCCGCGGCCUGGUGGAUUGCAAACGUUCAUGGAAGAAACUGAAGGAUAUUAGGAAAAUUUUCCCUGCCAACAAGACUGUCACCUCUGAGUACGUAGCCGAGCACUGGGCAGAGGACAGCUUUUUCGGGUACCAGUACCUUAAUGGCAUCAACCCAACGGUGAUCCGCCGCUGUACGCGGAUCCCAGACAAGUUCCCCGUCACAGAUGACAUGGUGGCGCCAUUCCUGGCCGAAGGCACCUGCCUGCAGGCUGAGCUGGAGAGGGGGAACAUUUACCUGGCAGACUACCGCAUCUUGGAGGGCAUCCCCACCGUGGAGCUCAACGGUCAGAAGCAGCACCAGUGCGCACCCCUGUGCCUGCUCUACCUGGACCCUGAAUGCAGAAUGAUGCCCAUUGCCAUCCAGCUCAGCCAGACUCCUGGGCCUGACUGCCCCAUCUUCCUGCCCAGUGACUGCGAGUGGGACUGGCUGCUGGCCAAGACGUGGGUGCGCAACGCCGAGUUCUACAGCCACGAGGCCAUCUCCCACCUGCUGGAGACCCACCUCAUGGCGGAGGCCUUCUGCCUGGCCUUGAUUCGGCAGCUCCCCAUGUGCCACCCCCUCUAUAAGCUCCUUAUCCCCCACACCCGAUUCACCAUCCAGAUCAACAGCAUUGGGCGUGCCCUCCUCCUCAACGAGGGGGGACUCUCGGCCAGGGGCACGUCCCUGGGCCUGGAGGGCUUUGCUGAGGUGAUGGUUCGAGCCCUGUCACAGAUCACCUACGAGAGCCUCUACCUGCCCAAUGACUUUGUGGAGCGUGGGGUCCAGGACCUGCCCCAGUAUUACUACCGUGACGACUGUUUGGCAGUGUGGGAUGCCCUGGAAAGGUAUGUGACAGAGAUCAUCACCUACUAUUACCCGAGUGACGCCGCUGUGGAGGGUGACCUGGAAUUGCAGUGCUGGGUGCAGGAGAUAUUCAAGGAGUGCAUGCUGGGACGCGAGAGCUCAGGCUUUCCCACCUGCUUGCGCACAGUACCUGAACUGAUCCGGUAUGUCACCAUCGUCAUUUACACCUGCUCCGCCAAGCACGCGGCUGUCAACACAGGGCAGCUGGAGUACACCUGCUGGAUGCCCAACUUCCCCUCGUCCAUGAGGAACCCGCCCAUGCAGGCCAAGGGGCUGACCACUGAGGAGGUCUUCAUGGACACGCUGCCGGAUGUGAAGACCACGUGCAUCAUCCUCUUGGUACUCUGGACUCUCAGUCGGGAACCUGAUGAUAAGCGGCCCUUGGGCCACUUCCCCGACAUCCACUUCGUGGAGGAUGCGCCCCGCAGGAGCAUGGAGACCCUGCGCCAGCGCUUGAACCAGAUCUCCUUCAACAUACGCCAGCGCAACAAGUGCCUCCCGGUCCCCUAUUACUACCUGGACCCCUUGCUGAUCGAGAACAGUAUUUCUAUCUAG